AUGAAUCCAGGGAUAUGUGACAAUAUGAAUCCAGGGAUAUGUGAUAAUAUGAAUCCAGGGAUAUGUGAUAAUAUGAAUCCAGGGAUAUGUGACAAUAUGAAUCCAGGGAUAUUUGACAAAAUGAAUCCAGGGAAAUGUGACAAUAUGAAUCCAGGGAUAUGUGACAAUAUGAAUCCAGGGAUAUGUGACAAUAUGGAUCCAGGGAAAUGUGACAAUAUUAAUCCAGGGAUAUGUGACAAUAUGAAUCCAGAGAUAUGUGACAAUAUGAAUCCAGAGAUAUGUGACAAUAUGAAUCCAGAGAUAUGUGACAAUAUGAAUCCAGGGAUAUGUGACAAUAUGAAUCCAGGGAUAUGUGACAAUAUGAAUCCAGGGAUAUGUGACAAUAUGAAUCCAGGGAAAUGUGACAAUAUGAAUCCAGGGAUAUGUGACAAUAUGAAUCCAGGGAUAUGUGACAACUCCUCCUAGUCUCUUUUUCCUCUUUCAGUGAAAUACAUCAAGGAGAUGUCAGCCUUUUUUAAAAACACCUCCCCCGGUGCACCCUGGGACUCCCCCCAUGCCACGCCACAGAAGGGCGCAGACGCCCCACCUGCUGAGCUGAAGGAGGCCAGGACCAUCCCCCUGAAAAUGUGCCAGGUGACCAGGAAGCAGUGCCCCCCGGACACAGAGAACAGGUACUGUGGGUGGAACCCAGUUCAAUGGGGAACUGAGUUACAUGAUCAGAGAGAGAGAGAGAGAGAGAGAGAGGGGGGGGGGGGGAGAGGGGGAGAGAGACAGACAGGGGGGAGAGGGGGGAGAGGGGGGCAGAGAGACGACACAGGAGGGGGGAGAGAGACAGACAGACAGGGGGAGGGGACAGUAGGGGAGAGGGGGAAGAGAUCAAGGGGGAGAGGGGAGAGAGGACAGAGGGGGAGGGGAGAGAGACAGAGGGGAGAGGAGAGAGAAGAGGGGGGAGAGAGAAGAGGGGGAGAGAGCAGAGCAGAGACAGAGGGGGAGAGGAGAAAGAGAGACAGAGGGGAGAGAGGAAGAGAGACGAGCGGAGAGAGAGAGGACAGAGCGGGGAGAGAAGAAGAGGAGAGAGAGAGAGAGAAGAGAGGAGAGGAGAGAGAGAGAGGGGAGAGAAGAGAGACGAGGAGAUGAGGAGACAAGGGAGAGGAGAGAGACAGAGAGGAGAGAGGAGAGAGAGGAGAAGGAGAAAAGAGAACGAGGGGAGGAGGAGAAGAGGGACAAGGAGAGGGAGAGGAGAGAGAGAGGGACAGAGAUAGGGAUAGAGGGGGAGAGAGAACAGAGAAACAGAGCGAGAGAGAGAGAGAGAGAGAGAGGGACAGAGAGAGAGACAGAGAUAGGGACAGAGAGGGAGAGAGAGAAACAGAGAGAGAGCGAGAGGGACAGAGAGAGAGAGAGAGAGGGACAGAGAUAGGGACAGAGGGGGAGAGAGAGAAACAGAGAGAGAGAGAGAGAGAGAGAGAGAGGGACAGAGAGAGAGACAGAGAUAGGGACAGAGAGGGAGAGAGAGAAACAGAGAGAGAGGGACAGAGAGAGAGGCAGAGAGACGGACAGAGAGAGGGACAGAGAGACAAAGAGAGAGAAACUGGGUAUGAUAGCUUGUAUCUUGAAUUCAGUAAGAUGUUCAUCAAGUCAGAAGACCCACAAGGCGCUCCUUUUGGAAUUUAAAUCAAGGCCCCUUGAAUGUAACAAGCACUCUACGUUUUAUUAUUUACCUGAUGCAAAGUAGCGCUCCAUUUUCUCACCCAAGUUCUAGGCCUAUAUCUACAAAGGUCUGGGCCUGUAUCCACAAAGCUUAGGUCUGGACCUGUAUCCACAAAACUUAGGUCUGGACCUGUAUCCACAAAGCUUAGGUAUGGACCCGUAUCCACAAAGCUUAGGUAUGGACCUGUAUCCACAAAGCUUAGGUCUGGACCUGUAUCCACAAAGCUUAGGUCUGGACCUGUAUCCACAAAGCUUAGGUAUGGACCUGUAUCCACAAAGCUUAGGUAUGGACCUGUAUCCACAAAGCUUAGGUCUGGACCUGUAUCCACAAAGCUUAGGUCUGGACCUGUAUCCACAAAGCUUAGGUCUGGACCUGUAUCCACAAAGCUUAGGUAUGGACCUGUAUCCACAAAGCUUAGGUCUGGACCUGUAUCCACAAGGCUUAGGUCUGGACCUGUAUCCACAAAGCUUAGGUAUGGACCUGUAUCCACAAAGCUUAGGUCUGGACCUGUAUCCACAAAGCUUAGGUAUGGACCUGUAUCCACAAAGCUUAGGUCUGGACCUGUAUCCACAAAGCUUAGGUAUGGACCUGUAUCCACAAAGCUUAGGUCUGGACCUGUAUCCACAAAGCUUAGGUAUGGACCUGUAUCCACAAAGCUUAGGUCUGGACCUGUAUCCACAAAGCUUAGGUAUGGACCUGUAUCCACAAAGCUUAGGUAUGGACCUGUAUCCACAAAGCUUAGGUCUGGACCUGUAUCCACAAAGCUUAGGUCUGGACCUGUAUCCACAAAGCUUAGGUCUGGACCUGUAUCUCAGAGUAGGAGAACUGAUCUAGGGUCUGUCCAUAUAAUCUUAUUCAUUAUGAUCUAAAAUACAAAACUGAUCCUAGAUAAGCACUCCUACUAUGAGGCGCUUUGUGAAUAUGGACCCUGAGCUCCAGAUGUCCCCUCUGGUUAGACUUUCGUAGCCAAUGGCUGGACAAAGUCCUCUCUUGGAUCCUAACGAUGUUGUACUAAGCCUAUUUAAAGGCAUGUAGUGGAGCAAUAGGGUGUCUGGGUCCUGCUUCACCCCUCUCCGUAUCUCACACCUUAUGGGUCAUUCCAGGUGAAAAUAUUGAAAUAUUUCAAGAAGUAUCUCCAGCACACUGGUAUUGGGUUAUCUCGUACUCUCCACAAUGAGCUUCAAUCGCUCGCAAACCAACGUUUCGAUCAACAGACCCCAGUCCCUAUUUGAACAAACCUAACGCUCUGAACAGUUGGAACUGGAUUUUAAAGAGCUGAUUGACUCUCUGCUAGACACUAACAAAAAACCCAUCAUAUCUGGUCCUGUGCCCUCUCUGAAUCGUGGAAUUGAACUCUUUAGCAGGAUUCUUGGCCUUCACAACUGGCUACGUGAUUAUUGCAGCUCAAUGGGUGUAACUUUUGUGGACAAUUUUGAUACCGUUUGGAAACAAAACAUAUUUUAUAAGGAUGGGAUCCACCCAAAUAAAUAAUAAUAUGCCAUUUAGCAGACGCUUUUAUCCAAAGCGACUUACAGUCAUGUGUGCAUACAUUUUUACAUAUGGGUGGUCCCGGGGAUCGAACCCACUACCCUGGCGUUACAAGCGCCAUGCUCUACCAAUUGAGCUACAGAGGACCCCAAAUCAUUUGGGUUCCUGGAUCCUGUCACAGCAUUAUAAGGCUGCGUUGAGACAAUGACUUAGCAAUGACCCAAGCCCAGCUCAACUAAUCCCUACCAUUGUGACGCAGAGUUGUCAAAAUGCUUCAGCAAAUGUACAUUACAUCAGGGGCGUCGGUAGACACAAUGUGGGUAACCUGGUUUGUGUCCCUCUAGCUGCCCUGGGUGCCUCUGCUGAUUCUGCAGCUGUUGUGUGCAGUGAUCAUGUGCCUAGGAACCAGAUUUAUACUGUUAGCACUGAGCCGGUGUGCCCGAGGAGGCAGUCAACUGUGUGCAGCUCAUCCUGCACUAACAUAAAGAACAUGAGCACAUCUACUGCCAGUAAAGCAAUAAAAACAAAUAAGCAUCCCAGAAGAAAAGUGCUCAAAAUAGCCCACGUUAACAUAUGUAGCUUAAGAAACAAGGUUCUUGAAAUCAAUAAUUUGUUAGUAACAGAUGACAUUCAUAUUCUGACUAUCUCUGAAACUCACUUAGAUAAUACCUGUGAUGAUACAGUGGUAGCAAUACAAGGUUAUAACAUUUACAGAAAAUAUAGAAAUGCCAAUGGUGGAGGUGUUGCUGUUUAUAUUCAGAACCACAUUCCUGUGAAGAUUAGAGAGGAUCUCAUGUUAAAUACUGUUGAAGUAAUAUGGCUACAGGUUCACCUAAAGCCAAUUCUGGUGGGAAGCUGCUAUAGACCACCAAGUGCUAACAGUCAGUAUCUGGAUAGCAUGUGUGAAAUGCUUGAUAAUGUAUGUGAUAUCAACAGAGAUGUAUAUUUUCUGGGUGAUUUAAAUAUUGACUGGCUUUCAUCAGGCUGCCCCCACAAGAGAAAGCUUCAAACUUUAACUAGUGCCUGCAACCUGGUUCAGGUUAUCAGUCAACCUACCACGGUAGUUACAACCAGCACAGGAAUGAAAUCAUCAACAUGUAUUGAUCACAUCUUUAAUAAUGCUGCAGAAAUUAGCUUUAAAGCAGAAUCCAAAUCCAUCGGAUGUAGUGAUCACAAUAUAGUAGCCAUAUCUAGGAAAACCAAAGUUCCAAAUGCUGGGCCUAAUAUAAUGUAUAAGAGGUCAUACAAUAAGUUUUGUAGUGAUUCCUAUGUUGUUGAUGUAAAAAAUAUGUGUUGGUCUGUGGAGCAACCAGAUGCUGCACUUGACAAAUUUAUGAAAUUGCUUAUUCCUGUUACUAAUAAGCAUACACCCAUUAUGAAAAUGACGGUACAAACUGUUAAGUCCCCAUGGAUUGAUGAGGAAUUGAAAAAUGUAAUGGUUGAGAGGGAUGAGGCAAAAGGAAUGGCAAAUAAGUCUGGCUGCACAACCGAUUGGCAAACAUAUUGCAAAUUGAGAAAUCAUGUGACUAAACUGAAUAAAAAGAAGAAGAAACAACACUAUGAAACAAGGAUAAAUUACAUAAAGAAUGAUAGUAAAAAGCUUUGGAGCACCUUAAAUUAAAUGUUGGGAAAAAGGCAAACUCAGCUCCAUCAUUCAUUGAAUAAGAUGACUCAUUCAUCACAAAACCAACUGAUAUUGCCAACUACUUUAAUAAUGAUUUCAUUGGCAAGAUUAGAAAACUUAGGCAUGACAUGCCAGCAACAAUUUCUGACACUACACAUCCAAGUAUAUCUGACCAAAUUAUGAAAGACAAGCAUUGUAAUUUUGAAUUGCAUAAAGUGAGUGUGGAAGAGGUGAAAAAAUGAUUGUUGUCUAUUAACAAUGACAAGCCACCGGGGUCUGACAACUUGGAUGGAAAAUUGCUGAGGAAAUAACGGACAAUAUUGCCACUCCUAUUUGCCAUAUUUUCAAUUUAAGCCUAAUAGAAUGUAUGUGCCCCCAGGCUUGGAGGGAAGCAAAAGUCAUUCCGCUACCUAAGAAUAGUAAAGCCCCCUUUACUGGCUCAAAUAGCCAACCAAUUAGCCUGUUACCAACCCUUAGUAAACUAUUGGAAAAAAUUGUGUUUGACCAGAUACAAUGCUAUUUUACUGUAAACAAAUUGACAACAAACUUUCAGCAUGCUUAUAGAGAAGGACAUUCAACAGGCACAGCACUUACACAAAUGACUGAUGAUUGGCCUAGAGAAAUUGAUGUUAAAAAGAUUGUGGGGGCUGUUUUGUUAGACUUCAGUGUGGCUUUUGACAUUAUCGAUCAUAGUCUGCUGCUGGAAAAACGUAUGUGUUAUGGCUUUACACCCCCUGCUAUAAUGUGGAUAAAGAGUUACCUGUCUAACAGAACACAGAGGGUGUUCUUUAAUGGAAGCCUCUCAAACAUCUCCAGGUAGAAUCAGGAAUUCCCCAGGGCAGCUGUCUAGGCCCCUUGCUUUUUUCCAUCUUUACUAACGACAUGCCACUGGCUUUGAGUAAAGCCAGUGUGUCUAUGUGGAUGACUAAACACCAUACACGUCAGCUACUACAGCAACUGAAAUAACUGCAACACUUAACAAAGAGUUGCAGUUAGGUUCGGAAUGGGUGGCAAGGAUUAAGUUAGUCCUGAAUAUUUCCAAAACUAAAUGCAUUGUAUUUGGGUCAAAUCAUUCACUAAACCCUAAACCUCAACUAAUGAAUCUCGUAAUGAAUAAUGUGGAAAUUGAGCAAGUUGAGGAGACUAAACUGCUUGGAGUAACCCCGGAUUGUAGACUGUCAUGGUCAAAGCAUAUUGAUACAACAGUAGCUAAGAUGGGGAGAAGUGUGUCCAUAAUUAAGCGCUGAUCUGCCUUCUUAACACUAUCAACAAGGCAGGUCCUACAGGCUCAAGUUUUGUCACAACUAGACUACUGUUCAGUAGUGUGGUCAGGUGCCACAAGGAGGGACUUGGGAAAAUUGCAGUUGGCUCAGAACAGGGCAGCACGGCUGGCCCUUAAAAGUAAACGGAGAGCUAAUAUUAAUGACUUGCAUGUCAGUCUCUCCUGGCUCAGAGUGGAAGAGAGAUUGACUUCAUCACUGCUUGUUUUUGUAAGAGGUGUUGACAAGCUGAAUGUACCGAGCUCUCUGUUUAAACUACUAUCACACAGCUCGGAAACCCAUGCAUACACCACAAGACAUGCCACCAGAGGUCUCUUCACAGUCCCCAAGUCCAGAACAGACUAUGGGAGGCGCACAGUACUACAUAGAGCCAUGACUACAUGGAACUCUAUUCCACAUCAGGUAACUGAUGCAAGCAGUAGAAUCAGAUUAAAAAACAGGUAAAAAUACACUGUAUGGAACAACGGGGACUGUGAAGAGACACACACAAGGGUAUAGACACAUGCAUACGCACACAUUGUGAUAUUGUUGUAUGGUGGUAUUAAACAUUUUGUAUUGUAGAUACAGUUGAAGUCGGAAGUUUACAUACACUUAGGUUGGAGUCAUUAAAACUCGUUUUUCAACCACUCCACACAUUUCUUGUUAACAAACUAUAGUUUUGGCAAGUCGGUUAGGACAUCUACCUUGUCCAUGACACAAGUAAUUUUUCCAACAAUUGUUUACAGACAGAUGAUUUCACUUAUAAUUCACUGUAUCACAAUUCCAGUGGGUCAGAAGUUUACAUACACUAAGUUGACUGUGCCUUUAAACAGCUUGGACAAUUCCAGAAAAUGAUGUCAUGGCUUUAGAAGCUUCUGAUAGGCUAAUUUACAUAAUUUGAGUCAAUUGGAGGUGUACCUGUGGCCAAGACCUCAGAAAGAAAAUUGUAGAACUCCACAAGUCUGGUUCAUCCUUGGGAGCAAUUUCCAAACACCUGAAGGUACCACGUUCAUCUGUACAAACAAUAGUACGCAAGUAUAAACACCAUGGGACCACACAGCUGUCAUACCGCUCAGGAAGGAGACAUGUUUUGUCUCCUAGAGAUUAACGUACUUUGGUGCGAAAAGUGCAAAUCAAUCCCAGAACAACAGCAAAGGACCUUGUGAAGAUGCUGUAGGAAACAGGUACAAAAAUAUAAAUAUCCACAGUAAAACGAGUCCUAUAUCGACAUAACCUGAAAGGCCGCUCAGCAAGGAAGAAGCCACUGCUCCAAAACCGCCAUAAAAAAGCCAGACUACGGUUUGCAACUGCACAUGGGGACAAAGAUCGUACUUUUUGGAGAAAUGUCCGCUGGUCUGAUGAAACAAAAAUAGAACUGUUUGGCCAUAAUGACCAUUGUUAUGUUUGGAGGAAAAAGGGGGAUGCUUGCAAGCCGAAGAACACCAUCCCAACCAUGAAGCACAGGGGUGGCAGCAUCAUGCUGUGGGGGUGCUUUGCUGCAGGAGGGACAGGUGCACUUCACAAAAUAGAUGGCAUCUUGAGGAAGGAAAAUUAUGUGGAUAUAUUAAAGCAACAUCUCAAGACAUCAGUCAGGAAAUUAAAGCUUGGUCGCAAAUGGGUCUUCCAAAUGGACAAUGACCCCAAGCAUACUUCCAAAGUUGUGGCAAAAUGGCUUAAGGACAACAAAGUAAAGGUAUUGGAGUGGCCAUCACAAAGCCCUGACCUCAAUUCUAUAGAACAUUUGUGGGCAGAACUGAAAAAGCAUGUGUGAGCAAGGAGGCCUACAAACCUGACUCAGUUACACCAGCUCUGUCAGGAGGAAUGGGCCAAAAUUCACCCAACUUAUUGUGGGAAGCUUGUGGAAGGCUACUCGAAACUUUUGACCCAAGUUAAACAAUUUAAAGGCAAUGCUACCAAAUACUAAUUGAGUGUAUGUAAACUUCUGACUCACUGGGAAUGUGAUGAAAGAAAUAAAAGCUGAAAUAAAUCAUUCUCUUUACUGUUAUUCUGACAUUUCACAUUCUUAAAAUAAACUGACCUAAGACAUGGAAUUUCUACUAGGAUUAAAUGUCAGGAAUUGUGAAAAACUGAGUUUAAAUGUAUUUGGCUAAGGUGUAUGUAAACUUCUGACUUCAACUGUAGGUAGUGGUGUAAUAAUGUCAUAUGAUGUACUGUUUUAUAUUUUGUUUUAUAUGUAAUGUAAGUGCUUUAAUAUGUUUGGACCCCAGACCUUGGCAGCAGCUAAUGGGGAUCCCUAAUAAAUACAAAUACAAACGCAAUGGUAAAUCUAAGCGCUGGCGGUAGUGCUAUAGAUCUGGUGGUGUGUCGGAAAUAUUUUUGCUAUUUUCACAGACGUUAUUAUGAGCGCAAUUGCUGGCAGAGGCGAGAAAGGACUGGGUUUUGAUGAAUAAACAAGUUGUAGGUGUGAUACUGCAUACGUUUGUCUCAAGUUCUGUAGGUAAUUGACUAGUGAUGGGGGCAAAAAUGUAUACUGUUACAUUUCGGGAUAUUAUUUUGGACGAUAUAUCGUAUCGUUUUGACAAUUUAACAAUAUUAUUUUUGCGCUAGUUGGCUGUACUUGCAAUACAUAUUGUAUCGGUUAAGAGCGUUGGGCCAGUAACCAAAAUAUCGCUGGUUCGAAUCAAAAUCAAAUCUAAUUUGAUUGGUCGCGUACACAUAUUAAGUAGAUGUUAUUGCGAGUGUAGCGAAAUGCUUGUGUUCCUACCUCCCACAAAAAUCUCCAAGCUGACUAGGUGAAAAAUCUGUCGAUGUGCCCUUGAGCAAGGCACUUAACCCUAAUUGCUUCUGUAAGUCGCUCUGGAUAAGAGCGUCUGCUAAAUAACUUAAAUAUUUCUGAAUAUGAGAGUCACCGGAUUAUCUCAUUUCUUGUUCCAUGAUGGGAAUAUAGCCUACAUGGAGGGGUUUUUACGCACAUCCAAAAUAAUAACAGGAGCGUCGCGGCUGGAUAGGCUGCGCUUCCGUUGUCAAAAUCUAUGCCAUAACCAACUGCAUUACUGCUAAGACCAGCUUUGUCCAGAGGUAAAGGAGAGGAGAAUUUUAAUAGUAUGCAAAUUCAUUUGUAACAGGAGGCAAGCUAAUUGACCCUCCUCAACUUCAAGGGUCAUCAAAAUUGAUUUUAGUGCAUUCUCCAGGGACCUGACCACAGCUAACACUGUUUUCUUGUGUUCGUCUCUCCCUUUCCUGUCCUUACCUAUUUUCUUUCUCCCUGCCUCUCACUUCACCCCCUCUCUCUCUCUUUCUGUCUCCUCUCGCUCCCCCUUUCCCGCUCCCUCUCUCCCCUCCACACAGGUACUUUGAGGUGAUCUCGUCCAGCAGAAAGAACUCAGUGUUCCUGAGGGCCAAGGAUCCUGCUAUGGCCCAGUCCUGGUACAACGCCAUCCAAGCCGGGGCCUCGGCCCUGGUGCCCCAAGUUAGGGGCGAGCUGAGGGCCAUGCAGGCGGGCCUGGAGGUCAAACACAUGGGAUGGAUCACUGAACAGGUACAAAGAGUCAAAGGUCAAAUUUGAGUUCAUGCAUUUCUAUUUAUGGCUGCCUGCCCUGGGUUCAAAUAAUUACUUUGAGCAUUUGCUUUAGCCUGCCUGGAGUCCCAGGUGGGUGGGCUUUUGUACUUCCUGGACUUUUCUGUUGGUUCUAUCGCAACAGACAAGCUCAAUCAAGCACAGAUAAAGUAUUUGAAAUUAUUUCAAAUAGUAUUUGAUCCCAGGUCUUGCCGCAAUUAUUUAUUUACUUGUUAGUUUUGACAAAUGGUAAGAACCUAACCAAGACAGGCCUCUCUAUUGGCUAGUCAUCUAAUGUGUCACUUGAGUGCGUUCCAAUAAACAUUGUCCAUAACAUCAGCUGUUGUGACUGAAAAUGUAAUCUGGUUUAUUUGUUAGCAUUUUAGCAAUGCGAAGGCCAGAUUAGCAAUGAACAGAGUGAAAUAAGGAAUGUCUGACCCAAACACUGUGCUCUGUUUAAUUGCAUUAGCGAGUAGUCUACUGUCUGUUUAGUCUAUUGAAAGUGACUUUCUGAGAAUAGUGUUUGCGCUAGCCUUGUGCUAAGGAGCUGCCAGUUAAUAAGUCGUAUGUCCCUUGAAAAGGGAAAAUAAUUAAACAUAUGCAACGUAUAUUGUUGAAAACCCAACAACAAAGACAACAACGUCUAAAAUCCUUUGAUGGACGGAACAGGACCAUUAAAGACCCACAAGACAUUGAAUUUUCUAAAUAAAUAUUUCUGUCGAUGUUUUUAAGUGUCCUUGCCCACUGUGAAUGCUGACAUUCUUUGGAAUGAAAAUAGCAAAAUGGAACUGAAUACAUAGUCAUUGUCACGCCCUGACUCUGGGGACUCCUAUUUGUGGAGUCAGGGUGUGUAUAUUCUAUGUUGUGUAGUUCUAUGUUUAUAUCUAGUAUGGGUAUUUCUAUGUUGGCCGGUGUGGUUCCCAAUCAGAGGCAGGUGUCGCUCGUUGUCUCUGAUUGGGGACCAUACUUAGGCAGCCUAUUGGCACUAGUGGGUUGUGGGAUCUUGUUCCGUGUUAGGUAGGUUGUUUGUGUACCUUGGACUUCACGUUUCGUAGUUGUGUUUAUAAGUCAAAUAAACAUGAAUGCAUAUCACGCUGCGCCUUGGUCUGACCCGUUCAUGAAUGAACGUGACAGAAGAUCCCACCAAACGAGGACCAAGCAGCGUGCCCAGGAAGAGUGAAUAGCCAUGUCACAGGUGGGCAAAUGGUGGUCAUGGGAGGAGAUAUUUGCGGGGAAAGGGCCAUGGGCGAAGGUAGAUGCCCAGGCAGGAGAGGUGAAACGGUGCCAACCGUGCCGACGACGGAGACCCGAGAGGCAACCCCAAUAAUUUUUUUGGGGGGGGCACACGGGGUGGAUGACGAGGCUACAGGAGGCUAAAAGGGAGAAGGAAAGUGUAGAGGCACGGCGAGAGGAGCUGGUUAGGCAGCAGAAGGAGCGGGGGUUAAUAAAGGAACCCAGUCCCGCUCCACGCAUCAAGCAAGUGGUGCGUGUCGCCAGUCCGGUCCGGCCCGUUCCUGCUCCCCGCACUAAGCCAGUGGUGCGCUUCGCCAGCCCGGUCCGGCCUGUUCCUGUACCUCACACCAAGCCAGUGGUGCGCGUCGCCAGCCCGGCCCGGCCUGUUCCUGUCCCUCGCACCAAGCUAGUGGUGCGCAUCGCCAGCCCGGCCCGGCCUGUUCCUGACCCUCGCACCAAGCCAGUGGUGCGCGUUGCCAGCCCGGUCCGGCCUGUUCCUGCCCCUCGCACCAAGCUAGUGGUGCACGUCGCCAGCCCGGCACGGCCUGUUCCUGUUCCUUGCACCAAGCCAGUGGUGCGCGUCGCCAGCCCGGCCCGGCCUGUUCCUGUCCCUCGCACCAAGCCAGUGGUGCGCGUUGCCAGCCCGGCCCAGCCUGUUCCUGCCCCUCGCACCAAACCAGUGGUGCGCGUCGCCAGCCCGGCCCGGCCUGUUCCUGUCCCUCGCACCAAGCCAGUGGUGCACGUCGCCAGCCCGGCCCGGCCUGUUCCUGCCCCUCGCACCAAGCCAGUGGUGCGCGUUUCCGGCCUGGCCUGUUCCUGUCCCUCGCACCAAGCUAGUGGUGCGCGUCGCCAGCCCAGCCCGGCCUGUUCCUGCCCCUCGCACCAAGCUAGUGGUGCGCGUCGCCAGCCCGGCCCGGCCUGUUCCUGCUCCUCACACCAAGCUAGUGGUGCGCUUCGCCAGCCCGGCCCGGCCUGUUCCUGUCCCUCGCACCAAGCCAGUGGUGCACGUCGCCGGCCCGGCCUGUUCCUGCCCCUCGCACCAAGCCAGUGGUGUGCGUAGCCAGCCCGGCCCGGCCUGUUCCUGUCCCUCGCACCAAGCCAGUGGUGCGCGUCGCCAACCCGGCCCGGCCUGUUCCUGUCCCUCGCACCAAGCCAGUGGUGCGCGUCGCCGGCCCGGCCUGUUCCUGUCCCUCGCACCAAGCCAGUGGUGCGCGUCGCCAGCCCGGCCCAGCCUGUUCCUGUCCCUCGCACCAAGCCAGUGGUGCGCGUCGCCAGCCCGGCCCGGCCUGUUCCUGUCCCUCGCACCAAGCCAGUGGUGCGCGUCGCCAGCCCGGCCCGGCCUGUUCCUGUCCCUCGCACCAAGUCAAGUGGUGCGCGUCGCCAGCCCGGCCCGGCCUGUUACUGCUUCUCGCACCAAGCCAGUGGUGCAUGUUCCUAGUCCGGUUCGGCCCGUGCCUGCUCCUCGCACCAGACCAGUGGUGAGUGUGUCCAGUCCGGCACGGCCCGUGCCCGUUCCACCGGUGCCUGGUCCGGCACCAGUCAGCAGCUCCAGUCCGGAGCCAGAGCAGUCCGCUCCACCGGUGCCUGAUCCAGCUCCGGUCAGCGGCUCCACUCCGCAGCCAGAGCAGUCCGCUCCACCGGGGUCUAGUCCAGAUCCGGUCAGCGGCUCUAGUCCGGAGCCUGAGCAGUCCGCUCCACCGGUGCCCGGACCAGCUCCGGUCAGCGGCUCCAGUCCAGACCCAGACGUCAGCCCCUCUCCAGGUUCGGGGUCUCCCACACCAGGGUCCAGACAGGGCUUGGAGUAUAGUGGGAGGAAGGAGAGGGGAAGCAGCGCGCCGAGGUCCAGACCAGACCAGGGGCGCAACAGGGAGGCGGAGAAUAGGUGGUUGUCACGCCCGGAGCCGGAUCCGCCUCCGAGGUGGAAUGCCCACACGGCCCCUACCCUGUUAAAGGUUGUGCGGUCGGAGUCCGCACCUUUGGGGGGGGGGGGGGGGGGGUACUGUCACGCCCUGACUCUGGGGACGCUUAUUUGUGGAGUCAGGGUGUGUAUAUUCUAUGUUGUGUAGUUCUAUGUUUAUAUCUAGUAUGGGUAUUUCUAUGUUGGCCGGUGUGGUUCCCAAUCAGAGGCAGCUGUCGCUCAUUGUCUCUGAUUGGGGACAAUACUUAGGCAGCCUAUUGGCACUAGUGGGUUGUGGGAUCUUGUUCCGUGUUAGGUAGGUUGUUUGUGUACCUUGGACUUCACGUUUCGUUUCUUGUUUUGUCGUUGUGUUUAUAUGUCAAAUAAACAUGUAUGCAUAUCACGCUGCGCCUUGGUCUGACCCGUUCAUGAACGAACGUGACAGUCAUUAACAAGAUACCCAUUGUUAUGAUCCAGGAUAAAUUAUGUUGUUACACAUUCCCCUCGCUUGUACUUCAGUAUGGAAUUGAAAAUAAUAUUUGAUGUUAACCUUUUGUCAAGGAAGUAUUGAAAUAUGUGACAGUGUGUGUAUUACAUUCAUAAGGAUGUGUAAAUAUGUUGUGAUAUUUGAGUCAUAAAAAGUGUUUAUGUGUGUGUGUGUGUGCCUGUCUCUGUGUGUGUAUGUUUGUGCGUGUGUCUGUCUCUGUGUGUGUGUCUGUCUGUUUGUCCUCCUCUCUGUCAAGGCGACCCAGGGUCCAGAGAGACCGGUGCUGGCUCUGCUAACUGAGAGAGACCUGCUGCUGUACCCCACCCUUCCUGACAGUAAGGACAGCAUCAACAGCCCAGCCAAGAGCCAUCCGCUCAUCACAACCAGGUAGGAUAGAGACAGUAAAACCGUUGCACUGCACUUCGACCAGGCGGUUAAAUAUCUUUCAAAACCAGCAAGUCAAAUAGACAUUUUCACAAAACACAGUAUCCAUUGAUGGCUGAGUUUAGUCCACGAAAAUGAGCAGUAUAUAUAUAUAAUAUUAUUUGUCUAUUUCUAGGCUGCUAAAGGCUUUUUAACAUAUAAAACCUCACCAAAAAGCGGCCUUUUCUUAAAGCUCUUAAGCCUUGUUCACACUGCAGGCCAUAAUGCUCAAAUCAGUUUUUUUUUCAAAUCCGUUUUGGAAUACUGAAUGUCCAAACAGCAAGAGAUAAGUGACCAAAUCGGAUUUGUGUGUGUUCAGACAGCAGUCAUUUGCUGACAUGGCUAUGCUAGUUGUCAUAGUAAUGACGGGUGUGUGCUCAGGGGUGUAGGCUGAUUGGUGGUGGUGCUCCUGCUUCCUAUCACUCAGAAGUUGUUUUGUAGCAAGCUAAGGUGAUAACAAUGCCUGCCAUGGAUGAUUCCCAGUUGCUUUGAAUGUUAUAAAUCAUAGUGUAGGAAAACUUUUAAAGCCUCAAAGGAUAAGAUUAUCCAACUUUCAAAUCGAGUCCUUUUUGGCUAGCCACAGCAGUCAACUAGCUAGCUAGGUAGCUGUUUAGCUUUCUAGCACAUUCACUAAUUUGUUUGUAAACAAUUAACAAGCUAAUUAGCUACCACAUGUUCUUGUCAAACUGUCAACAGAGUAGCUAGCAAGCAAAAAUAUAUGCCAAAUAACAGUCUAAAAACCACUUGAGGGCAAAUAAAUCAGAUUUGACCGUUCAGACACAAGGCACAUGGCCAGGAAUCAGAUUUGUAUCUAACUUCAAACCACCUACGAAGAUAGUUUGAAAUGUGGUUUGAAAUAUCUGAUUCCAUGUGACUUUUGGCUGUUCAGAAUGCAGGAAAAAGAACAGAUUCGAAUCACAUUUGAGUCACUUCAAACUGCCAAUGUGAACACUGCUUUAAUGCUCUCUUAAAGGGAUGAGCAAUGGAAAUGGCUAUGGUGGCCAUCUUUGAUUUGCCAGUGCAAAUAAUGCAGUCAGACCUGGCAGAUACAUCACACAAAUAGUAACGAAAAGGGGCGUAGAAAGGUUUAACCCUACAAGGUUUUAUAACUUUAUAGCCAGUCAAAUCUCCUUACAGACCAGCCAGACAAAUCUCCUUCGAAACCAGCCAGUCAAAUCUCCUUCCAGACCAGUCAGUCAAAUCUCCUCCCAAACUAGCCAGUCAAAUUUCCUAUUUGUGAAUGGGCAAGACAAAAUAUUUAAGUGCCUUUGAACAGGGUAUGGUAGUAGGUGCCAGGCGCACCGGUUUGUGUCAAGAACUGCAACGCUGCUGGGUUUUUCACACUCAACAGUUUCCCAUGUGUGUCAAGAAUGGUCCACCACCCAAAGGACAUCCAGCCAACUUGACACAACUGUGGGAAGCAUUGGAGUCAACAUUGGCCAACAUCCCUGUGGAACGCUUUUGACACCUUGUAGAGUCCAUGCCCUGACGAAUUGAGGCUGGUGCAACUCAAUAUUAGGAAGGUGUUCCUAAUGUUUGAUAUACUCAGUGUAUAUUGCAUUGUAUGCAAUUAAAAGCAGUCACUUUUUAAAUAUACUGUAUAUAUAGUAUCAUAUAUUAGAAUGAUCAUUAAGUCAGUCAUUAUCUCAUAUCAACUAGGAGGGACACCUAUUCACGUGUACACACACUACCCUGUUUGUCUGCACUGUAUUUAAAGCUAGUCAGUCAAGACAUCCUGGCCAAACAGCAAGUCAUACUUAAACACCCAAACUGGGCUAUCGUGAAGAAAUGUUGAAUUAUAGUUUUGGCAUAUUUAAUAAUCUUCCAUAAAUGGUCCAUUGAAAAUGUUCUAGCAUGAUCUCAUUUUCAUGUGCAAACGAUUAGGAAAACCAGCACGUUAUCAGUAAUGUGUUCUCCACCCCUCAUGUUGCUUUCUCCCUCUUUUUCCACUCUUUCUCUGUUCUCUUUCUUUCCUUUCUCUGUUUCUACCUCUCCUCUCUCCCCCUUUCUGUCUCUCUCCUCUCUCCCCCUUUCUGUCUCUCUCCCCUCUCCCCCUUUCUGUCUCUCUCCUAUCUCCCCCUUUCUGUCUCUCUCCUCUCUCUCUCUCUCCUAUCUCUCCUCUCUCUCCUCAUCCUACUGUCUCUCUCCUCUCUCUCUCUCUCAUCAUACUCUACUGUCUCUCUCCUCUCUCUCUCCAUCAGACCUACUGUCUCUCUCCUCUCUCUCUCUCAUCAUCACCUACGUCUCUCCUCCUCUCUUCUCCUCUCCAUCCAACCUACUUCUCUCUCCUCUCUCUCUCUCUCUCAUCCUACUGUCUCCUCUCCUCUCUCUCUCAUCAUACCUACUGUCUCUCCUCUCCUCCUCUCUCCAUCAUACCUACUGUCUCUCUCCUCUCUCUCUCUCCAUCAUACCUACUGUCUCUCCUCUCCCUCUCUCUUCUCUACCUCUCUCUCUCCAUCAUACCAUACUGCUCUCUCUCCUCUCUCUCUCUCAUCAUACCUACUGUCUCUCUCCUCUCUCUCUCUCCAUCAUACCUACUGUCUCUCUCCUCUCUCUCUCUCAUCAUACCUACUGUCUCUCUCCUCUCUCUCUCUCCAUCAUACCUACUGUCUCUCUCCUCUCUCUCUCCUCACAUACUACUGUCUCCCAUCUACUGCUUCUCUCCUCUCUCUCUCUCUCCAUCAUACCUACUGUCUCUCUCCUCUCUUCUCUCCAUCAUACCUACUGUCUCUCCUCCUCUCAUCUCCCCUCUGUCUCUACCUCUCUCUCUCCAUCAUACUCUCUCUCUCUCUCCUCCUCCUCUCUCUCCAUCAUACCUACUGUCCUCUCCUCUCUCCUCUCUCUCACCUUCUGUCUCUCUCCUCUCCUCUCUCAUCACCUACUGUCCUCUCCUCUCUCUCUCAUCAUACCUCGCUGUCUCUCUCCUCUCUCUCCUCUCUCUCUCCCAUCAUACCUACUGUCUCUCUCUCUCUCUCUCUCUCAUCAUACACUGUCUCUCUCCUCUCUCUCUCUCCAUCAUACCUACUGUCUCUCUCCUCUCUCCUCUCAUCAUACACUGCUUUUCAUACCUGCUGUCUCUCCUCUCUCCUCUCUCCAUCAUACCUACUGUCUCUCUCUCCUUCUCCUCUCUCUCUCAUCAUACCUACUGUCUCUCCCUCUCUCCCCUCUUCUGUCGCUCCUCUCUCUCUCAUCAUACCUACUGUCUCUCUCCUCUCUCCCCCUUUCUGUCUCUAUCCUCUCUCUCUCAUCAUACAUACUCUCUCUCCUCUCUCUCUCAUCAUACCUACUGUCUCUCUCCUCUCUCCCCCUUUCUGUCUCUCUCCUCUCUCUCUCAUCAUACCUACUGUCUCCUCCCUCUCUCUCAUCAUACCUGCUUCUCUCUCCCUCCUCUCUCUCUAUCAUACCUACUGUCUCUUCUCUCCUCUCUCAUCCUCCUCUCCUACGGUCUCUCUCCUCUCAUCAUACCUACUGUCCUCUCUCCUCCUCCCCCUUUCUGUCCUCUCUCCUCUCUCUCUCUCAUACCUACGUGUCUCUCUCCUCUCUCCCCCUUUCUGUCUCUCUCCUCUCUCUCUCUAUCAUCAUACCUACUGUCUCUCUCCUCUCUCCCCCUUUCUGUCUCUAUCCUCUCUCUCUCAUCAUACAUACUCUCUCUCCUCUCUCUCAUCAUACCUACUGUCUCUCUCCUCUCUCCCCCUUUCUGUCUCUCUCCUCUCUCUCUCAUCAUACCUACUGUCUCUCUCCUCUCUCUCUCUCUCAAUACCUGCUGUCUCGCGCUCUCUCUCUCUCCUCAUACCUACUGUCUCUCUCCUCUCUAUCAUACCUACUGUCUCUCUCCUCUCUCCCCCUUUUCUGUCUCUAUCCUCUCUCUCUCAUCAUACCUACUGUCCUCUCUCCCUCUCUCCCCCUUUUCUGUCUCUAUCCUCUCUCUCUCAUCAUACCUACUGUCCUCUCUCUCCUCUCUCCCCCUUUCUGUCUCUAUCCUCUCUCUCUCAUCAUACCUACUGUCUCUCUCCUCUCUCCCCCUUUCUGUCUCCAUCCUCUCUCUCUCAUCAUACCUACUGUCUCUCUCCUCUCUCUCUCAUCAUACCUGCUGUCUCUCUCCACUCUCUCUCUCCAUCAUACCUACUGUCUCUCUCCUCUCUCUCUCUCCAUCAUACCUACUGUCUCUCUCCUCUCUCUCUCUCCAUCAUACCUACUGUCUCUCUCCUCUCUCUCUCUCCAUCAUACCUACUGUCUCUCUCCUCUCUCUCUCUCCAUCAUACAUACUGUGUCUCUCCUCUCUCUCUCCAUCAUACCUACUGUCUCUCUCCUCUCUCUCUCUCCAUCUUACCUACUGUCUCUCUCCUCUCUCUCUCUCCCAUCAUACCUACUGUCUCUCUCCUCUCUCUCUCUCCAUCAUACCUACUGUCUCUCUCCUCUCUCUCCUCUCCAUCAUGCCUACUGUCUCUCUCCUCUCCAUCAUGCCUACUGUCUCUCUCCUCUCCAUCAUGCCUACUGUCUCUCUCCUCUCCAUCAUGCCUACUGUCUCUCUCCUCUCUCUCUCUCUCUCUCCAUCAUGCCUACUGUCUCUCUCCUCUCUCUCUCUCUCUCUCCAUCAUGCCUACUGUCUCUCUCCUCUCUCUCCAUCAUGCCUACUGUCUCUCUCCUCUCUCUCCAUCAUACCUACUGUCUCUCUCCUCUCUCCUCUCCAUCAUGCCUGCUGUCUCUCUCCUCUCCAUCAUGCCUACUGUGCCCUCUAUUCCUUCCCUCUCUCCCCUUCCCAUCUCCUCCAGACUGGUCCACUCAGGACCGGGGAAGAGCUCUCCCCUGCUGGACUCGGAGCUCUCCUUUGGGCUGCGCACAGGCACCAAGCAGGGCGUGGAGACCCACUUGUUCCGGGUGGACUCGGCCAAGGAGCUUUCGGCCUGGACCCACAUGCUGGUGGAUGGCUGCCACAACGCCGCCGAGCUCAUCCAGGAGGUCACCACAGGUAUAGAUACAGGAGUAGCAGAUGAAGUUAGCCCACUGGGGGAGCUAACACGAGUCUUCAGAUCUCAGACAAGGUUCCAGUUCAGGAAUGAGGAGCAUCCGCCAAGUCCGCUGAGCUAAUGCAUGAGCUCGGGAAGCUAACACAAGUCUUCAGGUCUUAGACAGGGUUUCGAUACAGAACCAUGCUCGCGUGAUGAGGGGUCUGAGACUGAAGGACUUGUGUUAGGUCUAUGUGGACUUUUCAAUUAAUUCAAUUCAUGUUAAUUCUAUUCCUGAAUUGAAAUGGAAUUGAACCCAUCUCUGAUGCCAAAUAAUACACCAAGUCCCACUUAAUCAAAACAAACAGCUACAAAAUACUACAUACAGGGCAUUCAAAAGUUAACCUGUACUUUCAAAAACAUUGUGAAUGUUGAUUGCUAAUGAAGUUAGUGCUUGGUGUCAACCUGAAAGACUGUGUCACGUUAGCGAUGAAUCGUUGCUGCAUCACAGGUAUUUAGAAAAGUAACAUUUUACUGCUCCAACUGCAAUAUAUCAUAAUGAAUGGCUGUAAGACAGCAGCAAAUGGUCUAGCAAAGACCUACAGCAAGUAUGUGCAGGUCUGGCUGUUUUAUAUAGGGUAGUCCUGCCCUCUGCUGGCGUUGUUGUGUGUUGCAACAUAAUAACAAUAAAAAGUCACUCAUCACCUUCAUGGGAGGCAGCCACAUCUUAGCUGCCUGCACCUACAAAAUCAAUGAAAUCCAACUGUCUGCAUUCAUAUAUUCACUGUAUGAUCGAUGUCAAUGUGAUAGAACAGAUCAGUCAAUCAACUACUGUACCUUUAGUAUUCAGUUUUGUAAGGGGAGUGAUACAGAAACAAAGAGCAACCUAAAAUCAGAACCUUUAGGGGCAGUUUCCUGGACACAGAUUAAGCAUAGUCCUGGUUCUGGACUAAAAAGCAAGAUAAUCUCCUUUGAGAAUGUUUUUUAGUUGAGCACUAGGUCUAAUCUGUGUCUAGGAAACCGGCCCUUAGUGACCAACCUUCCUAAUGCCUUUAUCUGUGGUCCCUGGCAGCCUGCAGCUGGAACGGGAAGGAGUGCAACCUGGGAGUGCACAUCGACGAGGGCUUUAGCCUGUUCACUGAGGAGAUGGGCAUCAGGAAGACGGUGCUCCUCCAGCAGCCCUUCGAGCGCCUGCGCAUGUCCUCAGACGACGGUGUACACAUGAUCUUCCUCGACUUCGGAGGGCCAGAGGCGGAGAUUGUGAGUUGGACUGUUUACUGGACUGUUUGGUGUUGGUUGGCUGCUUGGUGUUGGUUGGCUGCUUGGUGUUGGUUGGUUGAUUGGUGUUGGUUGAUUGCUUGGUGUUGGUUGGUUGAUUGGUUGGUUGGUUGCUUGGUGUUGGUUGGUUGGUUGCUUGGUGUUGGUUGCUUGGUGUUGGUUGCUUGGUUGCUUGGUGUUGGUUGGUUAGUUUGUUGGUUGGUUAGUUUGUUGGAUGGAUGGUUAGUUGGUUGCUUGGUGUUGGUUGGUUAGUUUGUUGGUUGGUUAGUUUGUUGGAUGGAUGGUUAGUUGGUUGCUUGGUGUUGGUUGCUUGGUGUUGGUUAGUUGGUUGGUUGGUUGGUUGCUUGCUUGCUUGCUUGCUUGCUUGCUUGCUUGGUGUUGGUUGCUUGGUGUUGGUUUGGUUUAGUUUGGUUGGGUUGGUGUUGGUGGUUUGGUGGUGGUUGAUUGGUGUGGGUGUUGGUGUUGGGUGGUGCGUUGGUUGGUUGUUGGUUGCUUGCUUGCUUGCUUGGUGUUGGUUGCUUGGUGUUGGUUGCUUGGUGUUGGUUGCUUGGUUGUUUGAUGUUGGUUACUUGGUGUUGGUUGGUUGCUUGGUGUUGGUUGGUUGCUUGGUUGCUUGGUGUUGGUUGGUUGCUUGGUGUUGGUUGCUUGGUGUUGGUUGCUUGGUGUUGGUUGCUUGGUUGUUUGAUGUUGGUUACUUGGUGUUGGUUGGUUGCUUGGUGUUGCUUGGUUGCUUGUUGUUGGUUGGUUGCUUGGUGUUGGUUGCUUGGUGUUGGUUGCUUGGUGUUGGUUGCUUGGUGUUGGUUGCUUGGUUGUUUUGUGUUUAUUUUUUUUCUUCACUUUCUCUCUGUCUCUCUGUCUCUCUGUCUCUCUCUCUCUCUCUCUCUCUUCUCUCUCUCUCUCUCUCUCUCUCUCUCUCCUCUUUCGUCCUAGCUGUAUCUCCUUUCUCCUUUGCUGUUGGGUUCCUUCUCUUGUUCACAUGACAAACCUCAUUUUCAAACCCCCAAAAAAGUUUCAAUACAGAGUAAACGUUUUAACAGAGUAGUCAUUGUUUGCUAUGCUAACUCAACUAUAACAACGUCAAAGGUGAUAAUGAACUUCUCUCUCUCUUCCCUCUGCCUCCCCUCUCCUCUUUCUAACUCCCUCCUUUCCUCUUCCUCCCUUGCAGCAACUGGACCUCCACUCCUGCCCCAAGACUAUGGUGUUCAUCAUCCACUCCUUCCUCUCUGCUAAGGUCAAGCGGCUAGGCCUGUUAGCAUGA